AUAUGGACAUACUCUCUGACAUUUAAUUCUCGCGGUUCCCGCGAAGAUUCAUAUAACCUCUCUUUUUUAUCUUUUACGAUCGUUUCACGUUCUUACGUCGAUGUGUUUUUUCGUAUCGUGCGUAAUUUCGAUUGUUAGAAACUGUCACGUAAAAGAACCGUGCAGAAUGACAAAAUCGUUAGUAAACGAAGUAAUUUAUUGAUGCUCCGAUCUGACAAUUAACCCCGGUCUGUAAGGGUAGCUCGACAUUCUUAUCAGUGAUAUAUACCGAGUGAACGAUUCGUUCUCUUCGUGAAUUCGCGAAAAAAAGACACAAUGCAGACUUGAGAUUUACAAAAGUUGUAAUUCACAUGAAGGAAUUGCCGAAUCUAUCGGCGGAGAGAGAGAAUAUAUAAAUUAAUUAUCCGACAAAUAUCUUACUAUUAAUAUUAUUAACUUAGAAGAUAGAUAAGAGAGAUACACAUAAAAAAGAUAAGUUACAUGGUUCGCGAGUCCACUUUCAAGUGAUAGUCUCGUGUAGUAUUGUUUGUUGCUGACGCUUUUAAACAGUUGAUUACCAAAUGUCAAAGAACAAACUCAACUUGACACUACCGCCUGGUUCAAUAGAACCAGUACCAGCAGUGUCACCAUCACCUCCAGUUCCUCCUUUACCCACGUACUCGGAACCUCCAAUACCCGAUGGUGUAAUGGGUAAGAUGAGCAUAGAUGCCAUUCAAGAGAAAUUAGAAGAACUAGAAAUGGAUGAGGAACAGAGAAAACGAUUAGAAAGUUUUUUAGGACAGAAAGAAAAAGUUGGGGAAUUAUGCGAUGAAGAUUUUGAGAAGUUAGGUGAAUUAGGUGCAGGUAAUGGUGGUGUUGUAAUGAAAGUCAGGCACAAAAAAUAUGGUCUUAUAAUGGCAAGAAAGCUAAUACAUUUGGAAGUAAAACCAGCUAUUAAAAAGCAAAUAAUCAGAGAAUUAAAAGUACUUCAUGAAUGUAAUUUUGCACAUAUAGUUGGAUUUUAUGGUGCUUUUUACAGUGAUGGAGAAAUUAGCAUAUGCAUGGAAUAUAUGGAUGGUGGAUCGUUAGACCUAAUAUUGAAAAAAGCAGGACGAAUUCCAGAAUCCAUCUUAGGUACAAUCACAUCUGCUGUUUUGAAAGGGUUGAGUUACUUGCGAGACAAACAUGCCAUAAUGCAUCGUGAUGUAAAACCAAGCAAUAUCUUAGUUAAUAGUGCGGGCGAAAUCAAAAUCUGCGAUUUUGGCGUUUCUGGUCAACUGAUUGAUUCAAUGGCCAAUUCGUUUGUCGGAACUCGAAGCUACAUGUCGCCAGAGAGACUUCAAGGAACGCAUUAUUCGGUACAGAGCGACGUUUGGUCACUCGGAUUGUCACUCGUGGAAAUGGCAAUCGGGAUGUAUCCGAUUCCACCGCCGGACGAAAAGACCUUAGCUUCGAUAUUCGGUCUGCAAUCAGUACAACCACCUGCGGAAAAUCCGGUGACGAAUAGUGUUCCUACACCGACCACUCAAUCGCCAGGACACAGCGCAAGCAGUCCAAGACCCAUGGCAGUAUUCGAAUUGUUGGAGUACAUAGUUAACGAACCACCGCCGAAACUGCCGCCCGGAAUAUUUAGUGAUGCUUUUAUGGAUUUCGUCGAUCGAUGCUUAAAGAAAAACCCAGCCGAAAGAGCAGAUCUAAAGACAUUAAUGAAUCAUGAAUGGAUAAAAAAAGCCGAAUCAGAAAACGUAGACUUUGCUGGCUGGGUAUGUCGUACGAUGGAUCUACAACCAACUACGCCAACACAUUUAGCGAGCGUGCAAUCCUGAAUAAAUGUAACUCUUACAUACUUGACUACAUAUAUUCGCGUUCAGUACUCCUAAGUCAUCUCUUAGUUUGUUUAGGUUUUCAUUCGGUCAAACGGUGGCGUAUAUCCGUUGUGUAUCAGCGUGUUUAUUGUGAUUUUUUUAUAAAAUACAUUAGGAUGCGCUAAGUGGAUGCUCUAUUGAAUGAAUCAUUGAGCACUGCAUGAAUGAUUUAAGUUUACCAAGGACUUAUCUAUAAAAAUAAUAAUAUAAAAGACGCGCGCGCGGUUCUUUAAUAUCGCAUUAAGACACCUAUUCCCUUACUGAUUAUAUUGAAUUACUGAUUGUAAUUCAAUAUAAAUGUAGUGAGGAAACAGGAAUCUUAAGUCAUCAAUUUUGUUCAUUUUCUUGUUUUUAUAGAGAAGAGAAAAAAGAAUCAAUCAUGUAAUGUAUAAGAGAUAAUCUAUAAAACAUUGUUAUAAUAUAGGAGGAGUUUCUCUAUUAAUUCUUGCAGACAGAAUGAAUCAUGUUUCAUUCGAAAUCUGCUCGCUUAGCGUGAAAUGUAUCAUCGUCUAGUAAUUUGCACAUAGCACGCCACUGUGCCAAAUAUUAAUUUCUUUACUUUAUAUGUUCGUCUUUAUGUUUGUGUUGAAAGUAUGUAAGAAAAAAUUACGAUAUAUAAGUUUAUUAUUAGAAACUCAUGGGCAAGUUAUGUUCCCCGUGAUAUAAUUAGGAUACACGAAUGAGCAUCGAACUUAUGAACGUCUCGUUUGAGAAAAAAUUAACUAGAUCGAAUUACUUCUAUAACAUUUGUACCUGACACAUCCAUGCAAACGUUAUUUACACGAUUAAAAAAACAUGUCAAACAGUUGUUUUUAUGAAUAUAUAG